GGUAUGAUGUCGCCGACCAGAGGACCACGGCGACCGAAAAAGGUCGAGAGCCUGUCCUGUGUAUAGUUUUCAUGGAUUAACGUGAUGAAAUGCGGCUUGGUUAGCGCUACCGUCGACAGCUACACCGGACCGGACAGGACUGGAGCCCAUGGAUGGAUGUAGCCUAGCAGCCUACUAGCCAAAUAGUAAGAACGGUAGCCAUUGUUUGAGUUGUUGGCUAACAUGGCAACGAAAGCUUAGGUUAGCAGCAUCGGCUUGACGGGCUUCACUGCCGUGUAUUGAAGAAGAUAUCGCUGCGGUCAUGCUGCAUGAUGUGUGACGGUUGUGAGGCCAGUGAGCCAUACCUGUCUCCCUCUCCCUCGUCUUGGGCCAACCCCUCAAUUUGGCUUUUUCCCUAAAAAGUCCUUCUCUCCAACCCUGCCAAGAUGACCGACAAGAAGGAGCCCCCCUUCUUCAACGAUGACAGCAUGGGAACUUUUCGCUAUAAGCUUCCUCUCUAUGACACUAUGGAGCUCUUCAUAGAGACCCUGACUGGGACCUGCUUCGAGCUGCGCGUGUUGCCCUUUGAGGCUGUCAUCUCAGUCAAGGCAAAGAUCCAGAGGCUGGAAGGUAUCCCUGUUGCCCAGCAACACCUUAUCUGGAACAAUCUGGAGCUGGAUGAUGAACAUUGUCUACACGACUAUGGCAUUGCAGAGGGCUGCACUUUGAAGCUGGUCUUAGCUAUGAGGGGAGGCCCAAUUAACACCAGGAGAGUAACCAUGGAGGAUCCUAUCAAAGAGGUGGCUGACCUGAUGGAGGGCACUAAGGAGGAGGGUUGGGAGAAAAGCCUGGCCAACAAGCAAGUCACAUUUGUGGUGUACCGUGAGGGUGACCAGCUUAACUUCUUCCGUGUGGUCGACAGAGGAGAUGGCACCUUGACGCUUCAGUCUGAAUCUCUGAGCGGUGGCUCGGUGUACAAUGUGUACGCAGAGGAGGAGGAGGAUGGAGAGAGUUCUGCAGCUGCACAGCAGAGCCUUGAGAACUCCAUAACCAUGAACAAAAUGAAGCUGCUCAAAGCCAAGAUGGAGGACAUGAACCUCAACAAGAAGCCGAAGAAGUCGACUAAAGUAAAACCACGGCCCCCCGUCAGCCUUCAUCCCUGCAGUGGCUCCCUAGGACCUUCCAGCACUCGACACCAUCAUCGCCUCUUUCGCUCGCUCCCCCAGAUUAACCAGCCUCGGGCAAAUGCACAACUACCUCCAAUUGCAGACCAAGAACCCACAGACUCCCCGCUGCCCUCUGCUGCUGCUGCAACCUCUGCCCACUUCUCGAUCCUCAGACGCCCCCCUCCCUCUUUCUCCUCGCCUUCUUGUUAUAUGCUUCAGGAGGAGGAGCCAUGGGAGACAUGCCCACCAUUUGCAAAAAUCCGACCCCCUCCCAAAGUAUCCCGGCUGGACAUUGGCAGCACCAGGUUGAUGAGGGACUGUGUGUACCCUCAGCUCCCUCCACUGUGCACCAGAGGGCCACCUGAAGCCACAUUUGACCCAGCUGAGACUAUUGGGGAGGCAGUCGGGCUGAGUUUGUUAGAGGAAGCUGCUGGACUGGUGGCACAAACACAACCUGGAGCUCCAUUUGGGGAACUGCCAGACCUUCUGACUCUGGAUGUGUCCAACCAGCCAGACGGAGGGCGUCGGUCCUUCAAGGUUGCGGCUCAGCACCAGCUGCCGCUCUCCCAAUCCCCACCCAGUACCUUGACACUUGGGACAAGUGAUACCGUCACCAGCAUAGCAGAUGGGACACAGCUUGGCACAUCGUUUCAUAUCAGCGCCCCCUCUCCAUUACCCACCUCCACCUCCCCGUCCUCUUCUACCAGACCGCUGCCUCAGCCUUUUGACUCCCCUGUCUCCUGUUUACAGCCCAACCUUCAAGCACAUUCCUCAGCGCAAGUUCGGCCAGGCAGCACAUCCCCUCACCCCUCCACGAUGUCAUCAGCUCAUGCGCCGCGCCUUCGUGUUGUCAAAGUGGAAUCCCCUGGCAAGAGGCCCGAGCUUAUCUCCAAGAGGGAAGCAAGAAGCAUCACUAAGAUGCCCAACCAAGCUUGUAAGGAGUCACUGGGGUCACUGAACAGCUCUGAGCUCUUGGCCUCUCUCUCCACAAGGGCUCCAGAUGGCAGCAGCAAGGACUGCCUUGGAGAGAGUAUGGGACUUGCUCUGUCUUUGCCUCCUGCCACUGCCUCAGGACGGGGCGGCCUUGGCUCCAGGCUGCCACCCAUCUCAACUAAUAGACUCCUUCAGGAUGAUCUCAUCAGACAAAUGUCACCGUUGCACCGAACAGCAGCCUCUUACAUGGCCACCAACAGUCUUGUGUCAGGUGGGGGAGUCAUGACUUCCUUUGGCAGAAUAGGCACUCCAGUGUACCACUUACCUCCAGUCAAGCCUCCCGCAGGCAUCAAGAAGAAGAGCUCUAAGCACUGCUUCCUUUGUGGCAAGAAGACUGGCCUGGCCACCAGUUACGAGUGCAGGUGCGGUCACAACUUCUGUGCCACCCACCGCUAUGCAGAGACGCAUGACUGCACUUACGACUACAAGAGUGCUGGAAGACGAUUUCUGCAAGAGACCAACCCUCUUAUCAGCGCUCCCAAGCUGCCUAAGAUUUAAACCCUACAACCCUCGCCUCACAUACGGGACGAAUUAAAAACCUGGAGGUUAAACUGACUGAAAGGGAAAAGAGUCUGCAGUCAUUUCUUGCAGGAAGAAGGAACUUAUUCACCACUGUGUGCUUUUUUUUUUUUUUAAUCAGCCAAGUUUGCUUAAAAUUGAAAUAAAAUAUUCUGUGAAGCCAAGUGUAAACAAACAAGAGUGGAUUGAAAUGGCACAGAAGUAAUUAUCACCUCUUGACAAAUGUGAAGAUGUUAGUCCUGUUUCUGUUACCUUGUUCUUUUUCCAUCGCGUAUACACAAAACAAAAAAAACAAAAAACUGUGCAUGUAUGUAGGUAGUUUUUGCAAAAUAUAUCUGCUGCAAGUUCAGACUUUUCUUUUAAUCUUUUUUUUUUAAUAGGACCGCUGAUGACUUUUCAUUCGACAAGUCUUUGACAGAUGCACUUUAGAACUAUCAUAUUUAUACAUUUAACUUUUCCUUAUUGUGUGGGGAAGGAUCUUUACUUUUUUUUGUUUGUCUUAUGAAGUGUUUAUGAUGUUGUCGAGAUUUUUAUAUAUUCCACAUCUCUAAAAGUCUUUUUUUACACAGGCACAUAUAAUCUGACAUCACUAAUUAAAUCAUUCUUAAAAGAGAACAGUACACCCACUUAUUGAUGAAAUACUUAAUAUUUAUUAAUGAAAUAGUACUUAUUUAAAUUCAAGGUUGGUU